CUACCACACCUCCAUCUCCUCCGAAUCGAUUCCCGCAAACAUGGCACAGGCACUCAACAGCAUCUACAAGUGGGCGAUCCCCACUGCGGCGGGACUUUCGUUGGCGUCCGCCUCCAUCUACGAUGUCAAGGGAGGAACUCGUGCGGUCAUCUUCGAUCGUUUACAAGGUGUGAGCGAUCAGGUCGUGAACGAGGGCACACAUUUCCUGGUACCAUGGCUACAAAAGGCCAUCACAUUUGACGUUCGAACCCGACCGCGCAACAUUAGCACAACGACCGGAUCCAAGGACAUGCAGAUGGUCAGCUUGACGCUCAGAGUCUUGCACAGGCCGGAAGUUCAACAAUUGCCCAAGAUCUACCAAAACCUCGGACAAGACUACGACGAGCGUGUUCUUCCCUCCAUCGGAAACGAAGUCCUCAAAGCAAUCGUUGCCCAAUUCGACGCCGCCGAACUCAUCACCCAACGUGAAGCCGUCUCCAACCGCAUCCGCGCCGAUCUCCUCAAGCGCGCCUCCGAGUUCAACAUCGCCCUCGAAGAUGUCAGCAUCACACACAUGACCUUCGGUCGUGAAUUCACCAAGGCCGUCGAGGAGAAGCAGAUUGCACAGCAAGAGGCGGAGCGCGCACGGUUUAUCGUCGAAAAGGCCGAGCAGGAGCGUCAGGCCAGCGUUAUUCGCGCGGAGGGUGAAGCAGAGGCUGCUGAUGUGGUGUCCAAGGCGGUGGCGAAGAGUGGUGACGGUUUGAUCCAGAUUCGAAGAAUCGAGACGCAAAAGGAUGUCGCGCAGAUGUUGGCCAACAACCCCAACGUCACGUACCUACCUGGCGGUAGCUCGGAUGGCGGUGGUGGAGGAAAGGGAGGCAGCUUCUUGCUGGGAUUGAGGUCGUAG